UUUUCUCUACAAAAUGAAAUUGUUAUAUAUUUUGUCUUUUUUACUAGUCGCUUUGGUGACUUGUUGCUCGGCUCAAAAUUGUAGGGGCACUCCUGCUAAUCCUUCAUGUGUUGGAGGUCGAAAUGUAGGUCGUGGCCGUGGUCGCCGCUGUAGACCCCAAAACGUUUGGUAUUACGAUGCUCGCACUAGACGUUGUCAACGCAUGCGCUAUUUGGGCUGUCGUGGUAAUAAUAAUCGUUGGUGCAACCAAGCUAUUUGUGAACAGAGAUGUCGUCGCCCUUAAAUAAUAACUCUGGACUUUCAAAAGUUUCUGUAUAGUUUUCUUGUAAAAUUGUAUUAAGUUUAAUAAAAUCUUGAAGUGACUCAGAAUAGA